CCAUAAAUAUGUGAAGUAGCCCAACAAAAAAUCUCAUGAAAACAGAGAACUAAAGAGAGUUACAAAGCUGCUUCUCUGUAAUGAAACCAUAGAGAGCAGUCAUGGAAACACUCUCUCCUUCAUUCUCCACCACCACUAUCACUUGUAUAUCCAAGAAACUUGCAAUUCAAACUUAUACAUCAUCAAGUAUCAAUCUCCCCAAUUCUUUAAACAACAAGAACCACACAAACAAACACUCUUUAUCCUCUUCUCAAUCUUCUCUCAUUUCUUGCAUUUCUUUAACGACCAGAAUAAAAUCAACAUCAACAGCUACAUCUUUCAUUUCUUCUUCUUCCUCCACCAAAACUGACAACCGCCACUGGAUGGUGCUUAUGGAGAGUCCACCACAAGGGGUCAAUUCCAAGCCAGAGAUUAUUGAUUACUAUGUCAAGACUCUAGCUAGAGUUUUGGGCAGUGAAAAGGAUGCUGAAUUGUGUAUUUAUGAUGCUUCUUGCGACACUCAUUUCGGUUUUUGCUGCGAUAUUGAUGAAACUACCUCCCUUGAGCUUGCCAGUUUGCCUGGGGUUUUAUCAGUUAGACCUGACCCAGAUUAUAACUCUGAGAAGAAAGAUUAUAGUCCAAAUGUUGGGUUUGGUAAUCUGUCAAACCUGCAAAUUGGGAGUACGCCUUUGUUUCUUUCAGGGAAUACAAGACACUGGCUAGUUAGAAUGAAUAAGCCAGGAGUUGGGGUUGUUACAAAGGCACAAAUGGUUGAUUAUUAUGCAGAAAUACUAGCCAAGGUUUUGGGGAAUCAAAAGGAUGCACAAAUGUGUAUAUAUCAUGUUUCUUGGCGACCCAAUUUUGGUUUCUGUUGUGAGCUUGAUGAGGAAUGUGCACAAGAACUAGCUGGUGUCCCUGGGGUUUUAUCAGUUCAGCUUGAUAAGAAUUUUGAGUCAGAAAAUAAGGAUUAUGAAGGUGUUAAGAUUGAAAACCCAGUAGAUGUAUCAGAUUCAUCAGAAGGAAGUCAGAUAACUCCUGUGAGAACAAAGAAACUUUUUGUAACUGGUCUGUCAUUCUAUACUUCUGAAAAGACAUUACGCGCUGCAUUUGAGGGCUUCGGUGAGCUUGUUGAAGUAAAAAUAAUAAUGGAUAAGAUCUCUAAAAGGUCAAAGGGUUAUGCAUUUAUAGAGUACACCACAGAGGAGGCUGCAAAUGCGGCUCUCAAAGAGAUGAAUGGCAAGAUUAUAAAUGGUUGGAUGAUAGUAGUUGAUGUUGCCAAGACCAGCCCUCCAAGAUAUAGCAGGGGUCGUCGGAGAAUGGCAGCCUGAGAAUAUUGAGGUGGUGGAUUAUUGUGCAAACAAACUACCUAGAUUUCAGCAGCUGAAGUUCCUAAGUCAUAAUAUUGGGUUACUUAUUACAUCCAGGAGACAUAACUAGUGAAGUAAAUUGAAGCAUCAUUGUUGUUCAUUGAUUUUUACUUUCUAUACCUUUCUGUAAUCUUUUAGUGCAGGUUAAAGCUUUUUCUAUCUUGAUCUCUUUUACUUCCAUACUCAAAUAAGUGACUGCACUGGGUAGCUUCUUUGUACAAGCCGCUACUUAUAAAAAUUGACCUUUGUGCGUAUGGCUAUAUUGAGAUUUUCUUGCA